AAAAAAGAAGAUGACAGAAACAAAGGCAAAUUUCGGUUCACGGGUCUCUAAUGGAUUAACCACUAACCAACAAUCUCCCUCUCCCUUUUACAGAUCCCAAACAAUUCUCUCUUCAAAUCAUUAAUAUUUUCUUUCUCUCUCAUUCACACACACACACACACCAUCUGUAUAUGCAUGCGUAUUGCUGAGAUUUAGAGAGAGAGGUUUUAAAAGAUGAUGAUGAUGUUGCAUUUGCAGAUUUUGUUGGUUUCAAGCUGUUUGUGGGUGUGCAGUUUUGUUGAAAUUGAAGCAGCUACUCCAACUGUGAAACUUGGGAACAUUUCACAAGUAGAAGAUGCAGCUUAUUUUAGGAUUUAUUAUGGACAGACAUUCAAAGUCAUCAAGAAUGGCUUUGAUGGCAAGAGUUAUCUUCUCAUUCAGAAUAAUUCAAAGAUGGCGACUAGAACAAAAUACUGCACGUCAAGGAUAAAAUCAUUUGUGGUUCCAUUAGCCAACUACUCCAUAGACGCCGAUUUUUUCCCAGUAUCAUUUUUUGAGCUUCUAGGAUUAGUGGGGAGUUUGAAGGGUGCUACCUCAGAUAAUGUGGUGUCUGAAUGUGUGCUCAAAGUGUAUAAUGAGGGACAAGUGCAGCUGAUGAACAGAAGCAGCGCGCAGCAGUUUGCAGCUCAUUUCAUUGUCGAUACAAAUCAGCCGCAAUCCUGCAACUUCGCCACUUUUCUCUCUGCCGGUGAAGACGCUCCUCUUCAGAGAGCUGAGUGGAUCAAGUAUUUGGGAGUAUUUGCAAAUCUUGAAACCAGAGCCAACCAAGUCUAUGAUACAAUCAAGAAGAACUACAUGUGCUUAAGUAAAGCGGCAACUACUAAGAAAGCAGAGUUCAAACCUAUAGUGGCUUGGAUGCAGUACGAUAAUGAUGGCGUUUGGUCUUUCACGGAAGAGGCCAUAAAGCUAAAGUACGUGGAGGAUGCAGGCGGCGAAAAUAUUGACGAGUCCAUCAACAAAGCCACCUACAACAUCUCCACACCAGAUGGACUAGAGGCAUUCCAUGCCAUUCUCUGCACCGUUGAUGUGGUGAUUGAUGAGACGUACGCCUCCGAUCCAACGGCCUACACAGCCUCCACGUUUCUUCAGAAUCUCAACAUCCAAGAUCAAUCUUGCUUCGCCUUCAUCUCCACUCAAAGCCUCUGGAGGUACGACAAACGACUUCGUAACUCCACACUUCUUGAUUGGUACGACGGAGCAAUUUCGCAGCCUCAGCUAGUUCUUGCGGAUCUGAUUGAAGCAAUAUAUCCAUCCAACUACACCACCACUUAUUUUAGAAAUCUAGCCAAGGGAGAAGGAGUGAUAAGCAUUGGCCCAGAAAUGUGCGAGAGGGAUACCUCACUUCCCAUGGAACCUUCAACUCUAACUUGCCAAUGACACUCUCAUCCAAUCACAUAAUUUCUUCUCUAUCGCCCAUUUUCCUACAUAUUAGCUCUUAUAAUUCCUCGCUUACGGCUAUACUAUAAUAACUUUAAUUUCCAAAUGGGUUCAGACUCUCACUAGAAGACCUGGUUACGUUCCAGUGUCAGAAUCUUAGGAUAUCGGCAUGUUUUGUAAUUCGCAAAAGGGGGAGUAUUUAAUGUUUUGCAAUAAUACAAUAAGGAAAAAAGUUUAGAUAUUGUAGUAAUAUUUGACUUAUUUCUCAAUAAUAUCACCAUUUUUUAUUUAU